CUCCCUCUCCUCCCCUUCCCUACUCCCCCCCUCCCUUCUCCCCUUGGGGGCCGGCCUCCGAGCAUUGUACUCACAUCCGGGGGUUGCGUUUUGCUUUAGUGCUAAGCGUAAUUAACCCGGAAAAAAGGGCCGAGAGACCAGAGAGGGGGAGGGGGAAGAAGGAGGAGGAGGAGGAGGGACAGAGAUACAGAUAGAGACAGAGACACUGACAGUUCUAGGGACCGAGAGAGAUUGGCCGGGAGAUAGAGAUUUGGCCAGUGAGAAGCGAGAAGAGCCAAUUGGCAAACCCCGAUGUGAAGCAGCCGGAGAUCCCCGGGCCCCCUGCGCAGCGGGAGCAGCCACCGACCUUUCUCUCAGAUCUCUGGCUCUCCACCCCUCCCCCUUCUCUACUUCCCCAUCUCCUUAUCUCCCUUGCUGGAAGACUCCCAGUUUCAAUUCAGGGGAAGAGACUUCAGUUCCUUCUGAGCAGCAGCUGUUCCCUACUUUUGGCAGUGCCCUGGACCUGCCUCCACUUCCUUCCCUUUCCUGAGUCCCAGGGAGACCCAUUCACCAGCACCUCUUGUGCAAAAUUGGAACUAGAAAAAAUCUGCAGAGGCGAAGGCCUGAGAAUCCAGGGGAGCUUCGGCAGGUGCUACAGGGUGAUGUGAGCAGAGCACAGGAAUGCCUUAUGUGGAUCGGCAGAAUCGAAUUUGUGGGUUCUUGGACAUUGAGGACAAUGAGACCAGUGGCAAGUUCCUACGGAGAUACUUUAUCCUGGACACCCAGGCUAACUGCCUCCUCUGGUAUAUGGACAAUCCUCAGAACCUGGCAAUUGGAGCAGGAGCUGUUGGAUCUUUGCCAUUGACCUACAUCUCCAAGGUGAAUAUAGCCACUCCAAAACAGAAACCAAAAACUCCAUUUUGCUUUGUCAUCAAUGCACUUUCUCAGCGUUAUUUCCUGCAAGCCAAUGACCAGAAAGACCUGAAGGAUUGGGUAGAGGCACUGAACCAAGCCAGCAAGAUCACAGUGCCCAAAGUGGGGAGCCUGCCUCUGGCUACCGAGGUUGCCAAGAGCCCAGCAGUUUCUCAGCCCCUAGAAAAAAAGCUACAGGUGGCAUAUAAGACAGAGAUCAUUGGUGGGGUUGUGGUACACACACCCAUCAACCAGAAUGGCGGGGAUGGGACCGAGGCAAGUGUGCAAAGCCACCACGCCCUCCUCCGAAGGUCUCAGAGCUACAUUCCUACUUCAGGCUGCCGAGCCCCAGCGGGGCCACCCCUUCUUAAGAGCGGCUACUGUGUGAAACAGGGGAAUGUGAGAAAGAACUGGAAACGUCGUUUCUUUGCUCUUGAUGAUUUCUCCCUCUCUUACUUCAAGUGUGAACAGGACAGGGAGCCUCUACGAACCAUCCUUCUGAAAGAUGUACUCAAGACUCAUGAGUGUCUGGUCAAAUCUGGAGAUCUCUUAAUGAGAGACAACCUGUUUGAAAUAAUAACAAGCUCCCGGACAUUCUAUAUUCAGGCUGACAGCCCAGAAGACAUGCACAGCUGGAUUAAGGAGAUUGGUACAGCUGUCCAGACUCUCAAGUGCCAUCCUAAAGAAAUGUCCUUCUCUAGAUCAAUUUCAUUGUCGCGGCCUGGAAGCUCCAAUUUCUCCGGUGUGCCCAACUCCACCCCAUGCAGAGGACGGCCACCCGGGGAAGAGAAGAAAGCUCCCUGCAAAGCUCCCUUUGUUGCUUCUUCCUGGCAGCCUUGGACACCUGUUCCACAGGCGGAUGAAAAGCUGCUUCUGGAUGAAGAGACUCCUGGAGGCUCCCCAUUCAUGUCCAGACUUGGGGAAAGUGAUACCACUAUGCUGUCCAGUUCUCGGGUACGGCAUCGAUCAGAGCCCCAGCACCCCAAAGAGAAACCAUUUAUGUACAACCUAGAUGAUGAGCAUAUACGGACCUCCGACGUGUAACCGAGCAUGGCAGGGCUAGAAUGGAGGGAAGGGGGCUCGUGCGUCCAGAACCAGGAAGUUUCUUUGUCUUGAGGGACGGCAGUGUGUCAGUCAUAAUUCUAUGGAGUUGGCUCGUCUGGACCCUCAAGUUGUUCUACAGGACAGUAUAUAUUUAACCUGCUGAGACAAGUUCACAAAGACCAGGGACCAGUGGUACCAUGGCCAUGUCCAGUGAGAACAGUAGAGGUCAACUCCAGGUCCUGUCACCUUGAGUAUUCACCAGACUGUUGGUUCUGUGACCUCUCUGUUGGGAUGUCCUUUCAGCACUCACCAGUUUCCUGCUCUUACUUUGCAAAAGGCUGUACUUUACCUCUAACAAA